AUGACGCCCAACAGAUGGAAUGAUAUCCAAAAAAAUAUUCAAGAGCUCACAGGCAAGAAGUUUGGUGUGAGAAGUCUAAAAGAGAGAAUCCAGCUUCUUGUGGACAAAUUCAGGCAAAAGGUUGAACAUGAUAAAUAUAAAUCUGGAAUUGAAGAAGGAGUGACAGAAAUGGAUGAUCUUCUUCAUCAAAUUAUUCUAUUGAUUGAUGAGGUUUUAAAUCAGAAAAAAACGAAGUCCUCAUCUUAUCAAAGAGGUCUUGAAAAGAGAGAACAGGCUAUGGAAAAUAUAACUAAGGUAGGAAACCAAAUUGGACCAUUAUUUGGAGUUGAACUAAACCCAUUAGAGCCACCAGAGGAGGAUGAAGGUGAUUUGAAAAAUAAGUUAGAACAGAAACUCAAAAAUAUUGUCAACUAG